AUGAUCCCUCUCCUAAACAAGCGUACGUCGCCAGCUGUCCCCGUCAACGUGCUUCCCAGAAACGCCGUCUUCGUCAAAGAAUUCAUCGUCCUUUGUGCAUACCUAGCUAACUCCAAUACGCAGCAUUUGAGGCUCUCUCGAGCGUUGUGGGUUCAUCCCCUGAUGAGCGUACGUGUUAAAAUCACCUUCUCAUUUCUACUUUCAUACCCGCUCGCCGGCCUCCUGAAGCGUAUACCUGAUGCGAAGCCGGCUUACAAAAAUGUCUUCAUCAUCAGCACGUCACUCUUCUACCUUGUUGGACUUUUCGACCUCUGGUACGGCCUCCGCACCAUUGCCAUCAGCGCCAUCGGUACCUACAGCAUCGCAAAGUACCUACAAAAGAGCCCAUACAUGCCCUGGGUCGGCUUUUUUUUUCUGAUGACGCACAUGUCCAUCAGCCAUAUUCAGCGUCAAAUUCAGAAUGACCCGUCCGUUGUUGAUAUUACCGGCGCACAGAUGGUGCUCCUCAUGAAACUGAGCGCCUUCUGCUGGAACAUUGCCGACGGUCAAAUCCCGGAGGACCAGCUAUCCGACUUUCAAAAAGAGCGUGCCUUGAAGGGGCUACCCAGCCUCUUGAACUACUCCGCCUACGUCAUGUUCUUCCCCUCUCUUCUAGCCGGCCCUGCCUUUGACUACGUCGAUUAUCAGCGAUGGAUUGACACGACCAUGUUUGAUGUUCCGGCAGGCGUUGACCCAUCCAAGAAGCCCCCGUCACGAAAGAAGCGAAGAAUCCCGCGUAGUGGUACCCCAGCUCUGGUAAAGGCCCUCACUGGUCUCGUUUGGGUCGGUUUAUUCGUCAUCCUGGCCGGCUCUUUCAACCACGAAGUCCUGACCUCGGAUUCCUAUCUCGACCGGGGCUUUCUCAACCGAGUCUUCAUCAUGUACGCAACCGGAAUCGUCACACGCUUCAAAUACUAUGGAGUAUGGACCUUGACCGAAGGGUCCUGCAUUCUUGCUGGCCUCGGCUACAAUGGCGUCGACCCCGUUACAGGCAAGGUAUCGUGGAACCGGCUACAAAACAUAGACCCCAUCGGUGUGGAAACGGCGCAAAACCCGCGAGCAUAUCUUGCCGGAUGGAACAUGAACACAAACCAUUGGCUGCGCAAUUACGUCUAUCUUCGCGUCACCCCUCGUGGCAAAAAGCCUGGUUUCCGAGCUAGCAUGAUUACUUUUGCUACGAGCGCACUCUGGCAUGGGUUCUACCCUGGCUACUAUCUCAGUUUCAUUCUUGCUAGUUUGAUUCAGACUUCAGCAAAGAACUUCCGACGUCAUGUUCGGCCAUUCUUCUUGGAUGCAACUACGGGAGCGCCAACAAGGAACAAAAAGUACUACGACUUUGCCAGUUUCCUCGUCACACAGGUGACCUUUUCGUUUGCCACCAUGCCCUUCCUGGUCCUCAGUUUCCGCGGAUCGCUCUUGGCAUGGUCUCGCGUCUACUUCUACGCCCUAGUCUGGACUCUUACCUCGCUCGCUUUCAUUGCUUCCCCUGGCAAGGCGCUCCUCAAGAAGCAACUAGAAAAGCGACAAGGAAAGGCCAAGCUUGUUCGGUCACUCAGCACGGAUAGUCUCACGGGCAGUCAUCCGAUUCUCGGCAUCUCCAAGGAUCCUGAGAGAGACAUCUCAGAAGCAAUGGAAGAGAUCCGCACCGAGGUCGAGGCACGGCAGAAGAAGACUGCAUAA